AUGAAAUCGAACAACUCCUUCUACUUCUUCGCUGCGAUACGAUCGCUAGCAAUUCUGUGCUCGAUUAUCGUUCUAUUCUGCAUCGGUCUCUCGCAGUAUUGGACUAAUCGAGUCUCAAUUGUAUUCGCUCUUCUCUUUGUCAUUCUCGCAAUUUUAUUUAUUGGGAGCUCGAUAGCGACCUUAUUUGUCUGGGAUGCUGAUAGCACAACUCUAGCCAAGAAAUGCCUUUUCUCAUUCGUCUACUCGCUAGCCACUCUAAUCGCCGCAAUUCUAUUGCUCAUUUCCUCGAACGGAUGUGAUCCGAAACUCAUCGCAAGCUAUGGCUGCUUUCAAAACGUCUCAACGGGUACCUACGACGUCGCCGCGGCCUUCUGUUUCAUCGUGUUCGCUCUCGGCCUCCUCGACGUUCUUCUUCAUUGCUUCUUCUACUAUCGAAAAUCGCGGAAGACGUCGUCGCAUAUCUAUGAUCUACCUCCUCCUCCACCAAUUGCAGUGUUAGAGCCGAAAGAGAAGUCGAUCCAUGAGCUUUACCUCGAAUAUCAAAGAAAGGGCCAAUCAACUUCCGUAUAA